CAAUUAUAAACUGAAACCAGUCGGGAGUCAAUUGUGAAGUGAAAACGUGUCAUGGAGCAGCUGUAUAAAAUCGCCGCAUAAUCCCCUCUGGAUUAAAUAGAGUAUUGAAUUUGUACUUGAAGAGAUGGUGUAAAACGUUUGAGGAGAUACAGAGAAAUAUUAUUUAAGUAAAUAUUCUGUGGCAAUGAGGAUUUUGAGGAUGAGACGAAGUCGCAUGACGAAUGUCCUUAUUGGGUUGACAGUUGCGGUGUUAGUACUUUAUGCUAUUUAUUCGUACAUCUCUCCAGAUCAUGUUAAUAAUAUGAAGGAUUAUUGGCCUGAGAGACUCCGGGGUGUAAAGGUUCCUCGAUUUAUAGAAGGUCUAGGUAAUUUUGAGCCGAGAGACGUGAAGCCCCGGAAAGGUCCGGGUGAAGGCGGCAAGGCGCACACUCUCCGCGACGACCAGCAGAACGAUGUCCAGCAGUCAGAGUCAGACUAUGGAAUGAACAUGGUGUGCUCCGAUGAGAUCUCCCUCGACCGAAGUAUCCCCGACAUUCGACCGGAGGAGUGCCAGCACUGGGACUACCCGGAGCAUCUUCCAACGACAAGUGUAAUCAUCGUAUUCCACAACGAGGGAUGGUCAGUUCUGCUGCGGACAGUUCACAGUGUGAUAAAUCGUACGCCUCCUCAAUUUCUCGAGGAAGUACUCCUGGUGGACGACUACUCGGACAAAGAAAACCUGAAGAGCGAUCUGGAGUCGUACAUCGAGAGAUGGAACGGCAAAGUUCGACUGCUCCGUAAUACUGAGCGUCAGGGACUCAUCAGAACUCGAUCCCGAGGGGCUAGAGAGGCUCGUGGAGAGGUAAUCGUCUUCCUCGAUGCUCACUGCGAAGUCAAUAUAAAUUGGUUGCCUCCUCUACUGGCGCCAAUAGCUGUUAGCAACACUGUCAUGACAGUUCCAAUAAUCGAUGGUAUUGAUCAUAAAACAUUCGAAUACCGGACUGUCUAUCAGGAGGGACAUCUCUACCGAGGGAUUUUCGAGUGGGGGAUGCUCUAUAAGGAAAAUGAAGUCCCCAAGCGAGAGCUGAAGACAAGAGCUUACUCCAGUGAGCCGUACAAAUCCCCUACCCACGCUGGAGGUCUCUUUGCCAUCAACAAGAAAUUCUUUCUAUCCCUGGGGGGCUACGACGAGGGUCUCCUCGUCUGGGGUGGUGAAAACUUCGAAUUGAGUUUCAAGAUCUGGCAGUGUGGUGGUAGCAUUGUGUGGGUGCCCUGUUCCCACGUGGGCCACGUCUACAGGGGAUUCAUGCCCUACAAUUUUGGAAAGCUCGCACAGAAGAAAAAAGGGCCUCUCAUCACUAUAAAUUACAAGAGGGUCAUCGAGACCUGGUUCGACGAGAAGCAUAAGGAGUUCUUCUACACGAGGGAACCACUUGCCAGGUUACUGGAUCAUGGGGAUAUCAGUGAACAACUGAAGUUCAAGAAGGAGAAGAAGUGUCAAAACUUUCAGUGGUUUAUGGACAAUGUUGCUUAUGAUGUGCUGGAUAAAUUUCCAGAGUUGCCUCCGAAUAUUCAUUGGGGAGAGCUGAGGAGUGCAGCGACUUCUGCCUGUCUCGAUACUAUGGGACAGGCACCUCCCGCUCUCAUGGCAACUGCACACUGUCAUGGAUAUGGGAAUAAUCAGCUGAUCAGGCUGAAUGCCAAGGGCCAGUUGGGCAUCGGGGAGAGGUGUGUCGAGGCUGACAGUCAGGGAAUUAAACUUGCCUUCUGCCGGCUUGGCACUGUCGAUGGACCCUGGCAAUACGACGAGAAGACCAAGACUCUUAUUCAUAGGGUUUAUAAAAAGUGCAUGGCACUGCAUCCACAGACUCGACAACUUUCACUCAUGCCGUGCGAUGUCAAUAAUGUUUAUCAGCAGUGGAGUUUUCACCAGAUACAUCCGCGCUGGUGAAAGUCAGAGGAUCAUCGUUACGCACAGUUUUUAUUAAUGAGUACUUAAGACUAUAUUUCGAUUUUUGGUGGAUGGCGAGUGGAAGGGGGAAAGUAGCUGUUAUAAAAUGAUGAGUUGAGUCUGAAAAUUCUCAUCAUUAUUUUUGUUUGGGGAAAUUUUUAAUGAAUGGAACAAAGUAUCACUGAAUUUUUAAGGGGAAAAUAAUUUCUAUAGUAGAGGUAUUGUCGUACUUCGUUUUAAUUCGUGAGUAGGCCUUUCUAAUUUUAUGAGCCCAAGACUAAAUAGUUCUCUCACAUUUUUAUACAAGUAAGUGCAAAUGCAUUCCGCCAAAUGAUUCCUCAUGAUUUUUAAUAUAGUGUUUCUACCUGCCUCUAUUUUUGGGACUCUUCAACAUGUAGAUCUUCCACUUUAUGUGAUCUGGGGCUUCGAGAUUAGUUAAAUUCUUGGUAUACGAUUUAUGGAAAUUCCGAUGAUGUACAGUGAAUCAUUUACUCGUCUAAGAUUGAGGCAAAGUAUUUUCGUUAAACUAUUGGAAUUGAUUAAUACUAAAUAUGCUCCUGUAAACUUCGAACAAUAAUUACAUUAAUAUUUUUUACAUUGACUUCAUGGAAAGCUGACUGACAAAAAUCAUUCGUGAUUGAUUCGAUCCAACUAUUGAUUCACUUGUACUCAGCUCACGUAAUUUAAUAUGUAAAGAAUGACUAUUUUAUUACAAAAUAAAAGCUGUUUACAUUUCCAUCACUGUUUCCAGUUACUCUCCCGAAAAAAAAACAGAUAAAUAAUCGCACUUGUGCGCCACAUGACUAAAUCAAUCAAAUCAUUAAGAAAACAAUCAAAACUCCCACACAAAAAAUAAAUGUUGAAUAACUUUAUUUAUCGUAUGAAAGCAGUUGAAAGAAGCGGGAAAUCCCAUGGAUUUCUCACAAUUCCAAGAUUGGACAAAUGAAUGUAUUCCAUAGAUGAAAAAAAA